GCGAUUUCCAGGCAUUUGGUCAAGGAAUCUCAGUGUUUCUCAUUGUUUGCCACACAUUACCAUGAGCUCAAUAGGAUGGCUGAAGUUUAUGACAAGGUAGGCAACCUGCACGUCACUGCCGUCACAACUGAGGACACCGUUACCCCAUUGUACUCAGUUAGAGAAGGAGAAUGUGAUAAGAGUUAUGGCAUACAUUGUGCUAGAAUGGUUGGAUUUCCUAACGAUGUUAUAGAAGAUGCAUUGAAGUAUCAGAGGAAGUUGGAACAUCACAGUGGAAUGAAAUUGAUCAAUGAUUUUGAACAUGAUGUGAAAAGGAAAAUUGUUGAAGAAGGCGAGAUAUGUGUGAAAGAAACAAUAAAAAAAGUUAAGAGCAUGGAUAUCAAUAGUUUAUCAGAUGAUGAUUUGUUUAGGAAGCUGCAAGAAAUGAAGAGUGAAUUGGAGAAAAAAGACAAUUUGUUUGUACGAGGACUACUGUCCAACUAG